AUGUACAGCAUCCUUGUGAAACUGCCGGAUGGCAAGGCCGCUCCCCUCAUCUAUUCUCUUCUGCCGACGAAGAGAGCCGACACGUACCGGCUUUUCAUCGGAAUAGUUGUCGAUGCUCUCGGAGGGUAUCAGCCAGAGAUUCUCCACGUCGACUUCGAGAUCGCGAUGGUCCGCGAACUCGAAGCUUGUUUCCCCCUCGCGAGGGUCCUGGGAUGUAAUUUACAUUUUAAGCAAUGCCUGUGGCGGCACAUUCAGGCGGACAGUAUGCUCCGCGAUAAAUACCUGCGGGACGACGAUUUUGCUCUCGAUGUUCGCAUGUUCGCGGCCAUCGCAUUCGUUCCCGAGCAUGAUGUGCGAUCCGCCUUCGAUACUUUGUUGGAAUCGAACUCCAUUCGCGAGAAUAACUAUCUCCUGACGAGUUUCAUAAAUUACUUUGAGGCGACGUGGAUAGGUCGCCCGCGGAAUCCUGCUACCAUGAAGAUAGGUUGGUGGAACGCUCAUGAGGCCACCGUGUCUGCUGUAGGCCGCACCAACAAUGCUAUCGAAGGCUGGCACUCAGCAUUUAACGGCAGACUUGGGGCGACAAAUCCGACCUUCUUCAAACUAGUCGAGCAGCUCAAAAUCGAGCAGGGAUUGACCGAGUUUGUCAUCGCGAACUCCCUCGCUCAGGGGCCUGGGGCUCCUGCUAAACGGAUUUAUCGAGACCGCCAGAAAAGGUUGUUCGAAAUAACAUCGUCCUAUGGGAACAGCAGUGUCUUAAACUUCUUGAGAGCAAUCGCGCAUAAUAUUUCGUUUUGA